CCAACUCAAACUCCAUCCAACAACAACAAGUCUUUCGGCCACCGCUCUUUUUCACAAUUUGAUUUUCACCAAAAUUUAUUUUGUUUCUAAAGCAAAAAAGAUCAUUAUACCCCUCUUCUUCCCGCUGUUUCCUCUCCUCCCUUUUCCCUCCGACAAACCUAACCGAAGAUUCUCGCCGCGAAAUCGCUUUUCGAAAAUUACCCAGACAUGGCGGCGACAUCUAAAUCCGGCGAAGAUCCGAGUCUCUCCUACAACCACCGAUCUCCUUUUAGCUUCGAACUAAUCCACUCACUCUCACCCACUGAUCCGCUUCCCUCUUCCACGAAUCGGCCGCUCGCGAAUGCACAAUCGCCGCAAAUUCAAGCUCACUGGGACAACGAUUCCUCCUUCACCCCAAUCACUCAGAAACUCGAGAAAAGUAGAAAGAAUCAUUCGAUUUUUUCGAGUUGUAACAUGCCUGGAGAAACCAUAGACAUAGCUAAAGUCAUUGUCAAACAAGAAUCUCCUCAAGACAACGCUAAAAAGCGUGGAAACAACAACAAGUCAAAGGUUACUACUAAACUCUCCAAAGCUGUGAAGCGAGAAGGGCAGCAACAGCUUAGUGGCCCUAAUGGAAGUAAUAACUGUCGUUAUGAUAGUUCUCUAGGGUUGUUGACUAAGAAAUUCGUCAAUUUGAUCAGAGAAGCUGAGGAUGGAUCACUUGACCUUAACUACUGUGCUGAUGUUUUGGAGGUACAGAAAAGAAGGAUAUAUGAUAUUACAAAUGUCCUUGAAGGAGUUGGGCUGAUUGAGAAAACUACAAAGAACCAUAUCCGCUGGAAGGGUGCUGACAAUCUUGGACAGUUGGAACUGGGAAAUCAGAUUUCUAGGCUUAAGUUAGAAGUAGAAAGUAUGCAAUCUGAGGAAAGCAGGUUGGAUGACCUUAUAAGGGAAAGACAAGAAGCUCUCAGAUCCUUGGAAGAAGAUGAACAUUGUAGAAGGUACAUGUUUAUGACGGAAGAAGAUAUAACAAGUCUGGCAUGCUUUCAGAACCAGACACUACUGGCAAUUAAAGCUCCUACAGCUAGUUGCAUCGAAGUUCCAGAUCCUGAUGAGGUGAUGAGUUUUCCGCAAAGACAAUACCGGAUGGUGAUUAGGAGUAGGAUGGGACCGAUUGAUGUCUACCUUCUAAGCAAAUACAAAGGAGACAGUAUGGAAACAGAUGAGUCUGCAGUGGAAACUUCGUCCUUGAAAAUAGUAACUUCAGAUACUGAUUUAAAAACAGAUUACUGGUUCGAGUCAGGUGCAGAAGUAACCCUCACAGAUUUAUGGAACAACUUUUGUUGAAAAUUAAGUUAUUGAAAACCAAUUUCUGGAGGAGGAUAUGUUACUUUUUACUACGUUUUGAGAGCCUGAAUCCUAGUUUUGCAGGUUUGCUCUUUUUCUCUCUCUUUUUAAACAAAAGAUGGAAGUAUUCUAAUGUCAAGAUAUAUAUCUGGACAUAAUUGGAUAAAACUUGUAUAUUAUCAAAAUUUAUAAUAAUUAGUUUUGGCCUUUGGAA